AUGAAGGAAGAUGAAUGGAAACUUCUCGACAGGCAAGCCUUUGGUGUUAUCCGAUUAACGUUAUCUCGUAAUGUUGUUGUUAACUUUGCAAAGGAAAAAACUACAACAAGUCUUAUGUCGACUCUUUUUAGCAUGUGUGAAAAGUCGUCAUCCUCUUCAUUUGAUGAGGUGGUUGUUUAUGUUACGGAUAACAUAAGACGAAAGCAAAAAAGAUUUAGCUUUCAGAGAAAUGGAAGAACCCCAAAGAAAAAGAAAUUUGAGUUGGUCCACUCAGAUGUUUGGGGUCUAACAAUUGUCUCUUCCAUUGGUGGGAAACACUACUUCAUGAAUUUCAUCGAUGAUCACUCUAGAAAUGAAUGGAUAUACUUUCUAAAACAUAAGUCAGAAGUAUUUGAGACUUUCAAGAAGUGGAAAGUCAUGGUAGAAAAUGAGAUCAAAAAGCUCAUAACCGACAAUGGUGGUGAAUAUGAAGACAUCAGAUUCAAGAAGCUUUGCUAUAAGCAUGAUAUCAGAAUGGAGAGAACCGUGCCAAGUAUGCCUCAACACAAUGGUGUAGUUGUGUGA